AAGCUCCCAAACGUCAUCAGAAUGCGUCGCAACUGGCUUCUGCGCUGCAGCAUCCUGAUCAACGUGGCGGUCGUGCUGUACAUCGGUAGCCACCUGCUGAUCGGCAGCGGCAACUUCGCCAUCGGUCCGGCCUACAUCAUUUCGGACGAGGUGCUGAAGCAGCCGGCAGCCGCUGCCGCCCAGUACAAGGCCUUUCUGUCGCCACAGCAACAACAGCAGCAGCAGCGAUUACUGGCGGAGGCCGAGCAGCAACUCUACGACCAACAGCAGCAGCAGCAGCUUCUUCUCCAACAGCAACAGCAGCAACAGCAGCAACAGCAACAGCAGCAGUCACCUCAGCAAGGACACAGUAGUUUAGUGUUAAAAAUUCAAGAAAAUGGGAUCGGUGUGCCGGAGGUGUCCCAGCAGCGCCAGCUGGCCGCAGUGAUACAGCAGCAGCAGCAACAGCAGCAACAGCAAGAGCAGCUGAUGCUGGAGGUUCGCGAUGUAGAUAACAGUAAUCUUAACGUAGACGAUAGUCGCUUCGAUGUGCCAACGGAGAAGAGCACCGUGCGGAAGCUGCCCGGCCCAGAUGUGCUCUAUCCGGACGGCGGUCCUCCGGGGGCCGCCGGUGGUGGCGGUGCGGUGGCGGGAGUGAUCAAUGGCACCGACAUCUUUUCCACCACCGCAUCGCUGGAUUUCGAUGCCAAGCUAAGGACACUGCUCAACUGUCACGACCGGGACUACGAGCCGUACAUCGCCCAGCGGGGCGACUUCUGGGUGCUGAAGAACUACAUCCGGGCCGAGCACGGUGAGCUGCGGUGCCACGAGACCGUCACCUACACCACGCACGCCGACUACACCUUCCUCGACAAUCUGGUACCACUGCUGGAAAGGUGGAACGCACCAAUUAGCCUUGCGCUGCACGCGCCGGGCACGGAUUUUGUGCCCACGAUCAAUUCGAUUAAGUAUCUAAGAGACUGCAUACCAGAGAGUCAUUUAGUGCGACAGUUUGUCACAUUUCAUAUUUAUUUUAGUAGUAAACAUAUUCCAAAAUUCGUUCCUAAACACAAUCAAGUAUUAGACACACCGUACAACUGCUCGCUGGCGGUGCCGUACUUUAACGUGUCCGCCGCGCAGCUGUACAAAACGCAGAAGAAGCUGCUGUACCCGGUCAACGUCGGCCGCAACGUGGCCCGCGACGCCGCGAUGACCCAUUUCCUUCUAGCUAGCGAUAUCGAAUUGUACCCCAACCCGGGGCUAGUGCAUAAGUUUCUCGAAAUGAUCGCCCGGAACGAGCCGGUGCUGCAGCGCAAGAAUCCACGAGUCUUUCCACUGCCGUUAUUUGAGGUAGAUAAUAAUUCACCGGUGCCACGGGAUAAGGCCGAGCUGCAGGAGCUGCUGCGCUCCGGCAAAGCGAUACCCUUCCACAAGCGGGUCUGCUCCAGCUGCCACGGAGUGCCCCGGUCCAAGGAGUGGAUAGCGGCCAACGAAACCGACGAUUUGGGCGUGUUUUACAUUGGCAAACGGGUCGGCUACUUUGUGCACUGGGAACCGAUCUACAUCGGAACGCACGCCGAUCCGCACUACGACGAGCGGUUAAGCUGGGAGGGAAAAAGUGAUAAAAUGACGCAAGGUUACGCACUUUGUGUGCUCGACUACGACUUCCACAUACUGGACAACGGCUUCCUGGUGCACAAGCCCGGCAUCAAGGUGCUAAAGAAGGACCCGAAGCGUGCGAUGCUGGCGGCGAAAACGAACCAGCUGAUCAAGAAGAUCAUCUACCCGGAGCUGCAGGUCAUGUACGGCACGCGGAAGGGCUGUGCCGUAUAGUUGAAGGGGAAACAACAUUAGUAUAAGGCCAACG